AUGACCACAGAGCCGUGUCCUGAGAGACUUCUGGGACAGGAGGGGAGGAAAGCGUGUCCUCGGUCCUGCAGAGCUGACAGAGACUGUGCCAGCAAGCGCCAGUGUCUGUGUGACGGCCAGUGUGGUCUCAGCUGUGUGGCUCCAGGUCGUACUUGUCCCUGGCCUCUUCCCCCGAGUGAAACCUCAGAAGCGCGCCUCCUCUCUCCCACUCCGGCCUUCUCCGCCCUGCUGGAGGUGCGCUGCAGGCCUGGCCUCACGUCGCCCAGCGGCUCAGAUGUCGCUGUUCGCCGUUGUCAAGGCGACCGGCAGUGGAGUGGGGAUGAACCCAUCUGCACAGAGACUCGGUCACCUGAACGUGCCCCUGCUCAAACGUGCCCUCUGCCGGCAGAGGUGACCGACACCUUCAGCAUCCACGGCGACACCUCUGCGGGGGCCUCGAUCCGCUACAGCUGCCUGUCUGGGGCAGAAAUGGUCGGGACGAGUGAAAACUUCUGCCAGGAGGAUCAAACCUGGCGUUUUGCUCACCCCGUGUGUAAAAAGAUGUUCUGCCAGUCCCCGCAGGAAGUGGAGCAGGGCUACGUGGUUGCUGUGCAGAAGGCUGAGUACGAGGUGGGAUUUGACAUCCACUAUCUAUGCAGGAAGAACUACCUGCUGGACGGACCCCAGAAGAUCACCUGCCUGUCAAACGGCAGCUGGAGCGCAUCGCCGCCAUAUUGUAGAGCUCGCUGUGUCAUCCCUGCUGAGAGGAGCCGCGUGGUGAUCGGUGGAGUCAAGCGUUGGCCGUUUGAUGUUACCGACGCCAUGGUCCCCCACCGGGAAAGUGUGACAUUUUUCUGCAAACAUCCCCGGAAACAGUGCAGCUUCACGGCAGCGCAGACCUGCUUUGACGGGAGGCUGCACACACCAGGAUGCUACCUUGAGCCCACAUGGUUGCAGUAUAAACUCUUCCCUCAUCGGCUCGUCUCGGAAAUCAUGGCGUGUGAGCCCGGUGAUGUGGAGUGACGACAUCGUUUCAAUCUGAACACACCAGCUUCACUGGGACCCCUCUGCAGUUUCACCGCCGCUUCAUGCGCUUUGAUUAGAUGUGGUCUGCGGGAUGCCAGUUAGAUUUAUUUUUACAGCUAAUGUGAAUUAGUGGUAUGAACUCAUGUAGUCGAGG